AUGGCCCCGUGGCCCGCACCUCCUCCGCCUCCGCCUCCGCCUCCACCUCUCGCCGCGCCGCCGCCGCCCGGCGCCUCGGCUAAGGGCCCGCCGGCGCGCAAGCUGCUUUUCAUGUGCACCUUGUCCCUGUCCGUCACCUACCUGUGCUACAGCCUCCUGGGCGGCUCGGGCUCCCUGCAAUUCCCCCUGGCGCUGCAGGAGCCGCCGGGCGCCGCCGCGGAGCCCCCGCCGAGCCCGCCGCCACCCUCUCUGCCGCCUCCCCCCGUGCGCCUCGGCGCCCCCUCGCAGCCGCCCGCGCCGCAGCCGCCGGACAACGCGAGCCGCGGGGAGCCGCCCGAGCCCCCUGAGCAGCCCGCCGCCCCUGGGGCCGACGGCUGGGGACUGGCGAGCGGCGGCGGAGGCGCCCGGGACGCCUGGCUCCGGACCCCGCUGGCCCCCGGCGAGAUGGUCACGGCGCAGAGCGCGCUGCUGGAGAGGGAAGCGCAGGAGUCCAGCACCACCGACGAGGAGCUCGCAGGCCGGAGGGCGGCCAACGGGAGCAGCGAGAGGGGCGGCGCCGUCAGCACCCCGGACUAUGGGGAGAAGAAGCUGCCGCAGGCGCUUAUCAUCGGGGUCAAGAAAGGAGGGACCCGCGCGCUGCUGGAGGCGAUCCGAGUGCACCCGGACGUCCGGGCGGUGGGCGUAGAGCCGCACUUCUUCGACAGGAACUACGAGAAGGGGCUGGAGUGGUACAGAAAUGUGAUGCCUAAGACGGUGGAGGGGCAGUUAACCAUGGAGAAGACGCCGAGUUACUUUGUGACAAACGAAGCCCCCAAGCGCAUCCACUCCAUGGCCAAGGACAUCAAACUGAUCGUGGUGGUGAGAAACCCCGUGACCAGGGCCAUCUCUGACUACACCCAGACGCUGUCGAAGAAACCUGAGAUCCCCACCUUCGAGGUGCUUGCCUUCAAAAACCGGACCCUCGGGCUGAUCGAUGCCUCCUGGAGCGCCAUUCGAAUAGGCAUCUAUGCGCUGCAUCUGGAAAACUGGCUCCAGUACUUUCCCCUCUCUCAGAUCCUCUUUGUCAGCGGUGAGCGACUCAUAGUGGACCCUGCCGGGGAAAUGGCCAAAGUACAGGAUUUUCUGGGCCUCAAGCGUGUGGUGACUGAGAAACAUUUCUAUUUCAAUAAAACCAAGGGGUUCCCUUGCCUCAAGAAGCCAGAAGACAGCGGUGCCCCAAGGUGUUUGGGCAAGAGCAAAGGUCGGACUCAUCCUCGCAUUGACCCAGAUGUGAUCCACAGACUGCGGAAAUUCUACAAACCCUUCAACAUGAUGUUUUACCAAAUGACGGGUCAAGAUUUCCAGUGGGAACAGGAAGAGAGUGACAAAUGAGGCUGGAGCUGGGGAGGGAAGGCUGGGGAAUCGCUCUGGAGGCUCCUUACCUGAAUCCUGGCUCCCCCAGGGUCUGCAGCCUCAGCCCUGCUGUGGUGCCAAGUAAAUCUCCUCCUUUGGUCCCAUCAGGAUUGCUUCCAACGCUAUUGGCUCAGGCAGAGGGGCAGAGCCCACGGUGUGCUCCUGGUGGGCGGGGUGGGUGGGUACCAGGCAUCUGGUUGACCAGAUGGCCACCAGAAUCCACGGCUCAUUCUCAUCUUCCGUGGGUCAACUGAGUCUGAAGAUGGGACAGCUAGCAGCCAGGGUCAGAGACAGGGCCGUGAAGGUUGGUUUCCAUGAUCAUAAAAGGACAAAAGCUCUGCUUUUGGCAUGGAGCUCUCAGUCUCAUUUGGGAAGCCCAAGUUCUAGCCCCGUCUCCGUCAAAGGCUCCUGCUCUAUCAACCUCUGCUUCGGCAUCUCACCAGAAUACUAACUGUGGCUGAGUGCUCCAGGACUCCUAGGGAGCAAGGUCCUCCCUCCAAGGUGUCUCUAGCCUUGUCCUUCCAGCUCUCAUCCCACAACCCUUUGACUUCCUCCCUCCUCACCUUGCGAAGGCAGAGGCAUGCGUGUUCCUUCCCCUCCCCGCAAAAGCUGACACCCCUGGAAGCCUUCUAAGAGCCCUCCGAGGGGGGCUCGGGUCUCCCUCUUCAUGCGCAUCCUGGGUUGUGCAAAAGCUUAGCCCACGCCCUCCUUAGACGCAGGCUCACGGGGCUGCUCUCAGAGCAGUGCAGUUGCCGCUGCGUCCAGAGCCCCGAGGCUGGUGCACAUCCAAGCGGGCUCUGGGAGUGAAAGCCCAUCCUCUUGGUGGGAGGUCUCUGUGCCUGCAGAUCCUCAGCAAGCCCCAUGCUUCUGAGAUGUGCUAUCAGGAUAGGCUCUGUCCUUUAGGGUCCCCAGGGGGGGAAGGACCCCAACGUUGGCAUGUCUUUGUCAUGUUGGCAUGACCUUGAGCGGCACAACCCACAAGAGAGCCGUCACCAUCUAUUUGCCGCCCCCCAACACCCCCACAUGGUCACCUCAUGCUUCAUUUGCUCGAUUCAGAGAUGGCACGCGUCAGGGUGGUACCCGGAGGGCUGACUCCAUUUGUGAGAGCCAGGGAGUGGGGGUGGGGGAGGGUUAGGGCUGUCUGCGGACACCCCCAUCAAGGGCUCUUGAAUACAAUGUCCCUUCCCAUUAGUUGGAUUUGAUUAAAAUGCCGCAUUUGACAUAAAGCACUCUUCACAGAUCUCCAAAACCAGGAACUGUUCUUGCAAAAUUGGAAAUAUGUAUGAGUGGGGGGGAGCGGAAUCUGUUCGGCUGUUAUUAAACUGUCAUUUCUCCCGCUAAAUGAAACCUGUGUUGUUAUAAAGCUUAAUGCAACCUGA